AGUUUUCCACUUAAAAAUUGUUGGAAGUACAGGCAAUACCUGCACUUAGAAAAGGCCACAAGCUAACUUAGAUAUAUGAGGUUGAAAGUCGCAAGUUGUUGAUUAGUAUACAGCAAACCGUGAUAGGAAAACGUCGAAGCCCUAUCUCAAAAAUCCAUAAGAUUAAAUAAUUAUCAUACGUUAAUAAAUUUAAUAGAACAAUCUAUUUGUGCUUUAUACCCAGGUGAGUCAGUGCGAUGAAUAUAUUUAUUGAGUGAUCGAACAAAUAAUUAAAACUAAUAAAAUGGUGGUUGGAGUUUACAUUGUUUCCAAGCAGAACAAAAAAGCUAAGAUGGUUGUUACCUGGAAAGAUAAUUUUAUAUUAUCUAAUAUUUGGCCGACUUUUGGAAGUCCUGAAAUAUUUGUAAUGUCUCAGUGGCAACGUGACAAACAAACUCCAAGCUACUUGUAUGUCUUGUUAAGAGUGGCAAUAUUUUUAACGUUCUUCACCAUAUGGAUAUUGAGUUACACAAUGGAAAGCUCUUCAAACAAACCAAAAUGGCCCCUAUAUUUAACGAAUUGGGGAUUAACGGUUUGCACAAUACAAUCAUUUUUAUCAAGCUUAAUGCUUAUAUGUGCAAUAUUAGGAACAAAUGUGUUAGAUAAUUCCGAACUGACCCAGUCGGCUUUGAAAGCAUACAAGACUUAUUGGAUUACUAAUUCAAUGGCCACUACUAUAGCGUUUACGAUAUCAUUUGUGUAUUGGACUCUAAUACAUCAACCUGAAUAUUGGAGUAUCAUGAAUUUCAUGGUUCACGGCAUGAAUGCGAUUCUGAUGAUUAUCGACUUUUGUGCAGUAGCUCAUCCGGUUCGAUUCUUACAUUUUGUGUAUCCAGUUGGACUUGCGUUUGUUUAUGUAACAAUGACUGCUAUAUUUUAUGCUUGUGGAGGUACAGCUAAGAAUGGAGACCAAUUCAUUUAUCCCAUAUUAAAGUGGAGCACGCCCGGCAUAACAGUAGCAUAUUGCAUAGCAAUUAUGAUCCUAAUUUUUUUUAUACACACCCUGACUUUCUUUCUGUAUAAGGGAAAAGUCAAAAUUGCAGAACUGUGUUUCGGAGAACCCGAGUCAGACUCAUUUUCUGAUACGGCGAUGCAAAUGUUGUAACCAAAGUUUCUUUGCACGAUUUGAGAAGAUGACUCAGACUGAAGCCUGCCUAUUGCUAAAAACGUGAAGUAUAAAUAUACAGAGUGAAAUUAUCAAUGCAAACAGUAUCAAUGCCUAGCACACAGCGUGUUCGAUUUAAAAAAAAAUUCUAUACUUUGUGCCUUAAGUUGUAUAUAUUUUCGAAGCCACCUUAACUACAAUUUACAUUAAAAAAUAUUUUUGCUGCAGUUUUUUAAUUGUUUUGUUGACUGCAGAGAUAUGUUUCAUUCUGUAUGUGUGUCUGAGAAUUAUAUGGGAUAGGAAACACAGAACUAAUGACAAACAUGCACCGUCCUCGAAUGUAAAUGUUAAAUAAAUUUUUAUAAAAAUA